AUGCGUCGUCGUACUGCGAAGUGUCGCGUUGUUAGAGUAAAAAAUCUUCAACGAAAUCAUCGACAUCACAGAGUACGACAACUAUUAAGCAUAAACGAAAAGUCACCGAAUCCAACAAGAACUCCAGCAGUUUGGAAUACAGCUUCUCUCGUAGAGGAUGUCGAUUCAUUACCGGUAACACCUAAUUUGUCGCUUGGAGCACGGAAGCACUUGCCAAGUAGAACAUCAAUCAUAUGUGUUUCUCAAACGGAAUGUCUGUCAACGAAUACUGAUACGAUUGGUAUCAAUUUUCAAAAUGAAUCUUGGCAACAUUCGAAUUCGAACAGUACAUAUAAUAGUGUGAGCAACUCAAUGAUCUCCUUCAAUAGAUUCGAUCAUAAUGUGCUUAACAAUGCAAAUCCUCUCAAGUAUGCUCAUUUGAAAAAGAGCAUCUCAUCCCGAAGUGAUUUUGAUUCUGUCAAUUCAAAACAAAACCCAAUAGAGACGAAAAAUUCUCCAGAUAACUUCUAUAAAAGAACCAAUGCUUUGUAUGCAUCAAUAGCCUAUCAUAAUCCUAAUGAUUCCACAAUAUAUACCACCGAUCGCGAGAAAGAAAAAAACAAAAGAAAACGACGUCGUCGCGGAGCGUGUUGGUUUUGUUGUUGUACACCAUGUUGCUGUUUAUUUACCGCCAUACUCUUAAGUCUAGUUUUUGCCAGUGUAGCAGCAUUGAUUGUAAUGCUCAUUGUAUCACAGACAAAUCGUGCUAUAUCAACGACAGCAACCACCUCGACAAGUAGCACUACGACUACAACAACAACAACAUCAGCAACUACAACAACAUCAACGACAACAACUUCCACAAGCACUACCACAUCGUCCACAAGUUCAACAUCAACAUCAAGCAGUACCUCAUCGUCUACAAGUUCAACUUCGACAACAAGCAGCACGGCAUCAUCAACAAGUUCAACAUCAACUACUGCUGCAUCAUCAACAUCGAGUACAAGCGCAGUGACAACUAGCAUAACAACUACUUCCGUUACGACCGUAACAACUACUUCAAGGGUAACAACUGCCACAAUUACUUCUAAUAUAUGUACUUCGGGAUGGAAAGGUGCUACUAUACUUUACCAUUGUGAUAGUUGUCCUGAUAUAAUGCCUUAUGCACAAUAUAAAUAUACUUAUACGGCUAUUUCGAAUCGAACGCGUAUAGCAUUCGCAUUUCGUGAGGAUUCUGGAUGCUUCGCACUUGAUACUAUGUCGGUAAAAAGUGUGUCGGCACCAAGUAUUGAACUGAUUGCAAACAAUGGUUUUGAAACAGGUAACUUAGCAUCGUGGACUUAUUGUAAUCCGAAUGGUGCAUCUAGUGCUGGUGCAGUGAUGUCAAACGCAGAUAAUUUGCUAUGUAUAAGCGCUAUUCUUCAAGCUCAAUCAGGAAACUAUUUUUAUUACGAUGGAGCAGUGACGAAUUGUGAUUAUUUAUUUCAAACAUUUGCAACAACUGUUGGUGAAACAUAUACUAUUUCCUAUUGGUUAUUCAAUGAAGGUACUUAUUCAGCAAGCAGUGCUGAUGUGAUAAUCAGUAUCUAA